AUGGAACCAACAUGUGAUGCUGGAUAUGAGGUAGAGGUAGAAAGGCACUUUCACCCAGGUAUAGAUUUACAAAGUAUUGAAAACAGAAAGAACACCGUUAAGAAGGAUGAAUAUGCAGGUUGUCAAGGAAAUGUCACAAUUAUCACCGUAGACAGUGAAGAAGGAUACGACAUCCUCCAUUCCAAGUUAUAG